AUGAGACUCCCCAGCCUUGUCGCGUGUGGUGCACCCUUCGCCGCUGCGCUCAACAUCACCUACUACCAGAAUGUGCCCCUGGCACCGUCUCCACUCCCCGCCUCCCAUGCGGCUUCUGAUGGAGAGCAGAUCAUCGAGCUCUUCCAGAGAUUGGGUCGCUCGACGGUGUGGACGAGCAUCGCCAACAUCAGCUUCGAAGGGGACACCUUUGAGCCCGAGGGCAUGAUCCGCCUCGGCAACGAUCGCUAUGUUGUGAGCUCCGGCGAAUACACCGAGCACACCCAGAGCUACGGCGAGAUCAUCAACGGGACGGACAGGACAGCGGGCCAAGGGUUUGCACAUUUGAUGGUCUACAACGGCAAGGGAGAGCGCAUCGCGGACGCGACCAUCACGACCGAAGGCGCGCAAGAAUACCACAACGGCGGGAUCGACUGGGACGGCGAGUCCAUCUGGGGCACCAUCGGCCAGUACCGCCCCAACAGCACCGCCUACGUGUACAAGGCCGACCCCGCGACCAUGGAACCGACCGAGGUCGUCCACUACGACGACCAUCUCGGUGGCAUCGUCCACGAUACCGUCGCCGACAGCAUCACGGCGCUCAACUGGGGCUCCCGCAAUGCUUCGACGUGGGACCUCAAGCGCGUGAACCCAGGGUGUGCAUCAGAACCGGCAUCCGCACCCGCACCAGCACCCAAGCCCCGGAGAGUCGUGCGCAACCCGAGCUACUUUGUCGACUACCAGGACUGCAAGUGGCUGGGCCGCAGCAGGUUCUACGGCGGGAAGAGUGUCAUGCUCUGUUCAGGGGUCGCAACCGUUGGCAACUACAACCUUGGCGGCGUAGCGCUGGUGGACGUGGCGACCAUGGUCCCGUUGGCGGAAGUGCCCAUCGCCCUGGAGAGUGCGCUGGGGGUCAGGCUUACGCAGAACCCGGUGGACGCGAGCGUGGAAGACGGCAAGCUGAGGUUCUACUGGAUGCCGGACCAGCAUAACAGCACGCUGUACAUCUAUGAGGCCGAGCCAGACAGUCCUUUCCAAUAUGGCGGUGGGCGCAUCCAAUGA